AUGACAGAUAUUACAGAGAUGCUUGGUCUUGAUAAAUUGGACCGAAUGAGCUGGGAACUCUCUCUCCAGCUCUCUGCGCCACGCCUGAGUCUCACGUUCACACAAGAAGACGACGUUCCAGUUCUUCGGGUGGACUGUACGUGCCAGCUAGGCAUAGAGUAUAUUCGCGAUAUUCGGUUCGAUGGCGAGAAGAAAACUGGAGUGCAUCUUCGAGACUUAUUUCCGAACCCUCCAUUGAGUCACAUGUCCUCUGGAUUCGACGAGGGCGAGCUCCGUGCAGUCAGGGAUGGCCCCAAGCUCUUCGUCCGCUACGACAUGGAAAAGGGUUCACUGUAUAUGACUCGGGUAGUGCUUUUUAAGGACCCCGAAAACCGUGUCGACGGACCCAUCACCCUCGCUAAGUACUGCGUAGUGAACAAGAAGACGGGCGUGAAGCACGAGAAGACGAAGACAGAAGUAUACGGUUUUACUCUAGUGCCCGGUGCUAAGCAUCACAAGGUCUAA